ACACAAUCAUGUUAACUGAACUUCUAUUUUAUCAAUUUCUUCUCAGGAGGAAUAUAUGAACCGAUAAACUCUGAACUAUCAUGUGCAAAUCUUAUAACAAAGUAAUGUGGAUGAUAUAAACCCCAUUCAACAAGUUGCCAACCAUCCUACUUCCUUAUCAGUGCCUCUUUGCAUGACAAUGUCAACCUUUGGUUUGAAACAUGAUUGCUGCUUAGAUAGACCAAACAACCGUUUGAGUCACUUGAAAGGACGACCUUUUAAUGGAUAUGAAACUGGUGCUGCCAGCUUAUUCACUGAUGUCCAUCAGAAGAACAUUUCUUCUCCUAUGGGCAUGAAACAGAUUGGCGAGAUGAUUCGUUCACCUCAACAGGCUUCAACUUCAACUGUCACCACAUGCUCUAGUAGAGAUGGAUUUUCUCUUGUUGGAUCUUUUGACAGUGAACAAGUACAUGAUUCAAAUUUGCAGAUCCCACAUCUUCUAGAGAUGAUUCCUAAAGUCUCAAACACUCUACCCAGCCUGGACAUGGACUAUCAUCAGCCAUAUGUGCAGUUUGAUAAGCCUGACGAGGCCAAAGAACAAUGUUACAUCAGUGAAAAAGUUGAAUCUGGUAAUUCAACAGCGGCAGAAAUUCAUUGUAGGAAGACUAUUCUCCCAUCAGGACAAUCACACAGGUUUCCUGCUGCUUCAGAGAAUUCUGCACCUUUUUCUAGUUCCAAGGGACUCACAAAACAUGCUCCAUCAAAUAAUCUACUGUGUUUUUCUCUUCAGCAUAAGAUCUUAUGCACUUAUAUCAAUUACAAGAGUUCCAUGGUGCCUACAGGGGAUUGCCAAGUUUCUUUUGUGAAUUAUUUGCAUUCAACAAUAUGUGAUGCUCACAUGUGUAGAUGUGAACGUUUCUACUUACUCCUAUCUCACUUUGAUGACUGUCACUCGUUUGAGUGUUAUGUUUGUGGACCUGUUCGACAUCUAUGUGGUACUGGUAAACUUCACCACGAAUUUAAUAAUACAAAACGGAAUUUCAAUGAUAUAGAUUCUGGUGGGCCUAACUCUGGCAGAAUGGAUUGCAUGGAACGUCCAUCAAAGCAUUUGAAAACAGAAAAAAAAGUUUGCCCCAUUUCACAUGAAAUCGAAUUUUCUUCUUUUUGGGAUCCUUUGAAGGUUCAACCUUUUUAUUCUGGAGCACUUCCACCCUUGCAGCAAUGGCCUGAAUCUCCUAUAUCUAUUAAUUCUGAGGUCAGGGAGGUGGACAGGGAACUGUUGAGGAACACUGUACAAAAUUCUAUUAUCGAUGGAGAGAAUGGGAAAGACGUUGCAGGUAACUGGUGCAGGUUGAAUGCCCAGAGUGUGAUUACUCCCAAGGAGCAUAUCGUUGGUAGUAAAAUGAAGGAGGUGGACCUUAGCUGUGUUAAUGAAAUUGCACAGACUGAUUCUAGCGAGGUGAGCUUCAGCACUGAGUCUGUUCUCGGAGAAGAGCUUAGUACUCAUUGUAAAGAGGAUGUACCAAUCUGGACUCUCAAUCAGAACGAGGCGGAGAUUGGAGAUGAACAUGUUGCACCAAAAAAUGAUUGUGGAACUCAACUAAAGUCAAAGAACCCCAGGAUAAAGGGUAUUUCUUUAAUUGAAUUUUUCACAGCAGAACAAAUAAGGGGGCACAUAUCAAGUCUUAGGCAGUGGAACAGUCAGACUAUAUCAAAGGAGGGAAGGGAAAACAAAAUAAUCCACAAAGACAAUGGGAGCCCUUGCCAGUUGUGUGGAAUAGAGAAGUUUUUUCUUGCUCCAACACCAAUGUAUUGUUCAUAUUGUGGUGGUCGUAUUAAAAACAACAUGAUCUACUACAGCGCACCAGAAGAAAAUGGCAUGCGACAUUGUUUCUGCACUGCAUGCUAUAGAGAGUGUCGUGGUGGGAGUAUCACAUUAUAUGGGAUUGCUAUUGCCAAGACAGAGCUGGUUAGAAAGCGGAAUUAUGAAGAAACUGAAGAAUCGUGGGUUCAGUGUGAUAAUUGUCAAGGCUGGCAACACCAGAUAUGUGCUCUGUUUAAUAACAAAAGAGAUAUGAAAGGAGAAGCUGAGUACAUGUGUCCGAAAUGCUGCUUAGAAAAAAUAGAAACUGAUGAUUGUUUACCCUUACCAAAGAACACCUUUUUUGGUGCAAAAGAUCUACCUUGUACCAUGCUUAGCGACCACAUAGAGCAGAGACUCUUUAAGCGUCUCCAUCAGGAAAGAGAAAAGAAAGCAAAGUUAACUGGGAAGAACCUUGACGAGGUUCCAAGAGCAGAAGAUCUUGCUGUUAGAGUGGUAUUAUCUGUUGAUAAGCUGUUAAAAGCAAAGCCGAAGUUUUUAGAAAUCUUUCAGGAUGAGAAUUAUCCUACUGAAUUCCCAUACAGAUCAAAGGUGAUUCUUUUGUUCCAGACGAUUGACGGAGUAGAUAUUUGCCUUUUUAGCAUGUAUGUCCAGGAGUAUGGCUCCGAAUGUGGCUACCCAAACCAACGCUGUGUCUAUAUCUCAUAUCUUGAUUCAGUCAAGUACUUUAGACCUGAGACACAAACAUCAACUGGAGAAUCUCUUCGUACCUUUGUUUACCAUGAAAUUUUGAUAGGAUAUCUUGAAUACUGUAAAAAACGAGGUUUUGGAACCUGCUACAUAUGGGCCUGUCCUCCUGUAAAGGGAGAAGAUUAUAUUUUAUACUGCCAUCCGGAGACUCAGAAGACUCCCAAGUCAGAUAAGCUGCGGCAAUGGUAUAAGUCAAUGCUGAGAAAAGCAGUUGAAGAAAAAAUUGUGGUUGAUUCUACUAAUCUAUAUGAUUAUUUUUUCGUUCCAACUAGAAGAUAUAACUCAAAAGUGACUGCAGCCCAUUUGCCAUAUUUUGAUGGUGACUAUUGGUCCGGGGCUGCUGAAGGUGUGAUCAAGAGCUUUGAACUAGGAAGUGGACGUGAUGCUCAUAAAAAGGUGAAGAAACCAAUGGCAAAGAGGACUUUAAAAGCUAUGGGACAUACAAAUCCUUCUAGCGGUGCGACUAAAGAUAUUCUGUUGAUGCAAAAGUUGGGGCAAGCCAUCUUACCUGUGAAGGAGGACUUUAUCAUCGUCCACUUGCAGUUUGUUUGCACACACUGUCAUAAAGUGAUAUUACAUGGAUGCCGAUGGUUUUGCAAUCAGUGUAAAAGUUUUCAACUAUGUGAAAGAUGCCAUGAUGUUGAGCGAAACCGCACCUUUUUUGGUGCAAAAGAUCUACCUAUGUUCCAAGAGCAGAAGAUUCUGGCUGUAGUGGUAUUAUCUGUUGAUAAGCUGUUAAGCAAGCCGAAGUUUUUAGAAAUCUUUCAGGAUGAGAAUUAUCCUACUGAACCCAUACAGAUCAAAGGUGAGAUGGAUUUUUAG